AUGGCCGGGCUCACAGUUUCCUCUUGGGAGUCCCAGGACAUAGGGCAGGGACUGCCCUGUGGACCUGCUCUUAGAGACCCUGGGAACACUGAGCUGCCACGCGCCCCGCGCAGAACCGGCGGUGGAAUAACCAGCGCCUCGAGUGUGUACAUCUGGGACCAGAGGGCGGGGGAGGGGGACCCGCGCCCCCGCGGCCAAACCGGUUGGUGCAGACUUGGGGAUCCCAGAAGGGACAGUGCCCGCCCAGUCUCGGCGAUUGAGGGUCCCUGCCCGGGCGCAGCUCGGGCCAGCCGCGUGUUCUGGGGCCGCGGCUUCUCCCGGAACCCCCGCGGGCGGGGCCUGCCUUCCGGAGCCGGUUGGCGGGGGACAGGCGGCGCCGGGGAAGGGGCCGUUACUUUCCCAGAGUGGCGGGGCGACGUCAGGCGGAAGGGCGCGGGGCGCGCACGCUUUAAAUGGCAUUCGCUGUCAUCCGAGCUCAGAGCCGUGUGGGCAGCCGCGGGCUAUAUAAGCCGCGAGCCGGGCCGCCGCGGGGCAGACGGCGACAGCAGCGGCGGCGAGCGCCUCGGAGCGCGGCGGAACAGCGCCCCCCGAGCCCCGCGCCCCCCGACGGGUCCUCCCGCCCGCCCGCCCUCCCGAGGAGCGCCGGCCCGGGCCCGCGAGGGCCGCCGCCACCCCGCAGCAGAUUUGGAUCCCCCGCCCGGCGAGCCCCCGGCUGCUGCCUCCCGGGGGGCCCCGGCGCAGCGGCCGCCCCCAGAGAGCCCCGGCGCCCCGCCGCCCGGCCCCGCAGACGCCGAAGGCGCCAUGGCCGCCAAGCCCGGCGAGCUGAUGGGCAUCUGCUCCAGUUACCAGGCAGUGAUGCCGCACUUCGUGUGCCUGGCCGACGAGUUCCCGCAGCCGGUGCGGCCCGCCAAGCUGUCCAAGGGCCGGGGCCGGCUGCGGCGGCCGCGCCAGUCUCGCUUCAAGACGCAGCCAGUGACCUUCGACGAGAUCCAGGAGGUGGAGGAGGAGGGGGUGUCCCCCAUGGAGGAGGAGAAGGCCAAGAAGUCGUUCCUGCAGAGCCUGGAGUGCCUGCGCCGCAGCACGCAGAGCCUGUCGCUGCAGCGGGAGCAGCUCAGCAGCUGCAAACUGAGGAACAGCCUGGACUCCAGCGACUCCGACUCGGCCCUGUAAGGGGCGCCGCCCGCGGGGGGGACGCGCGCGUCCGCGGUCCGCGCGGGGACCAGCGUGUGAACCCCGAGAGUGCCCGCGCCGUGCUCCCGGGCGACCUGCAAGGACCCGGGACCGCCGCUUCUCGCGCGCUCGGACUCCCGCCCCGCUGCGAACCGGUUGGUGCGCCCCUCGGCGCGCUCGCCCUGGCCCGGGGGCGCCGGGAGCGGGGCCGCUUUCCUUGUCCUUGUAAAUGUUUAUUUUUUAACUCUUCCCAGUGCGAACUCUGCUGUGAGUGUGUGCGGGGAGGCGCGCCCGCGCUGAGUCGGCGGCGGGUCGCCACUCCAUGCCCUUGUCCGAUGGUUUGCAACUCCGAUUUUGCACACCGCUCCACCGUGCCCCCCAGCGCACACCCGUUCACACUCACGCCAACACUCUCGCUGAACACUUUUAUAAUUGUUACGCGUGGCCGUUGGGACUUGGGGCGCAGCGCAGCUGCUGCUGCGUCUGGAGGAUUGAUAUUUAUUUUUGCAUUGCGAUGGCUGAAGGCGUUUAUUUAACGAUCUUUUUACCUGGAUAUGUCUGUGAGGCUCCUGAAAGGAGACAAAUAAAGUCAAUAUAUUUGCACAGUGCA